AUGGUUGGUUCCAAUGUUCUGGUUCCAGUGUCCCUCCCUGGGCCAGUUGCUCACAGCUUUUGCAGGAGGAAGACCUGGAGAGACCAGUCUGUCCGUCCAGGGAAUCCUGCUGCGAUGAGGAGGCUGAGAGUGCUUGAAGGUUGCUGCCUGUGUGUAGGUCUCCAGUCAAGACCUACGCAUCCCGGGGGCAGAAGCAGGGUGAUGGGUUCUGUCCCUGCGGCUGGCCCCACCGUUGCUGCCGUUGUGACUUCUCUGCUGGAGCGUCUACAAGACAACAAGGGUGACCGAGUGCAGACUUACCGCCAGCUGGAGAGCGCCUUGCAGGGAGGUGACGGCCGUUUGCAGAGCGGUGUCUUGAACCGCCUGAUAGCUGAAGCGUCUGGUGACAUAAGAGCCGCCCAGGGUGUGACCGAUGACGUGAGGACAGCCGCUAGUGACAUCCUGGUGGCUCUGGCUGGCUCCCACUUCCAUUUCGUGAUGUCCGAGCUCCAGGGACACCUGAAAGCCAUGGGGGGAAGCUCUGAGGAAUUUGUCUUUGUCACCCUGGGCAAACUUGCCAGCAGCUACGCCCUGCGAUGCAUCCCCUUUGCCGGAAUGACGCUGCUCGCCCUCCGUGCCGUGCUGAGCCAAGUGGGGAGCGGACGGGUCCGGCGUGCCGUCUGCGGUGUUCUGGAGCAAUGGUUGAAAGGGGUGAAGACUUACUUCCACUCCUGGGACAAAUGCCCCUUCCCUCGCAUCGGGGAAGCGCAUAUCUGUGAACGGGUUUACCCCCUCUAUUGCUACGUGGUGCAAAACUGGCUGGGCUGCAAGGAGGAAGAGGACAAGCAAGCUGUCCUCAGGGCGGUGGCUGCCAUGAUUGGCGUCCUCCUGCACGAGGAACAGCACCGAGAAUACGCCUGGGAUCAGCUCGUCUUGUACCAAGACACUUUCUGGGCGACCAAGGUCAGGCAGUGCACAGGACCCGGCGUGGCCAUGGGGUCUGUGCAAGUACCACAAGGUGUCGGGGAGCUGCUGGGUGCCAGAGGAGCUAGGGAGCCUUUACUGAAGGUACAGGGAGAGCAGAGGAGCCCUGAGGCUUCUUUCAGGCAAGAGAAGAGCAACCCAGGAGGGACCCAAGUGUCACUGGGGCUUACCUCCUGUGGAGGGGAUGCUCUGCCAUCUGCCUGGGGCUCUGGUGUGCCUGAGGAGCUCUGCCCUAGUGCCCAGGGCCAUGUCCAGCCCUGUCAGACACAGGGAGAGGUCUCACAGGUGGGAAGCCAUGGCAGGUGA